GGCUCAGUUCUGAAGGAAAGUAGCCUACUGACCCUCGUCAAUUUCCAUGUAGAAACGGAUGCCAAUGGAUCUGUAGAGGGACGCUGAGCUGUCAGCUGUUAAUUUUAGCUCCUCCCUUCCUCACCCACCUUUGAUCACCAUGGGCCGAACACCCCAGAGAGACCAAAAAGACAGUAAGAAAGAAAAAACUGGUAAGAGUGACAUCACCUACGACUCCUCUCAGACUAACCCUGAUGAGCCGUUCACAUGGGAGGUUUACCUCAAGGAGACCUCAUCAGUGGCUGCCUCUCCAAGCUGCUUCAGACAGUCCAGAGUGCCGCCUAGCAACGACUUCAAAGUUGGGAUGAAGUUGGAGGCCUGUGACCCGCGCAACUCCACCUCCAUUUGCAUCGCCACGGUGAUGGGGCUGAUGGGAACGCGCCUGCGUCUUCGCCUGGACGGCAGCGACAACACCAACGACUUCUGGCGCCUGGUGGACUCGUCCGAGAUCCAGCCCAUUGGCACGUGCGAAAGGAGUGGGGACAUGCUGCAGCCGCCGCUAGGAUUUCGGAUGAACGCCUCCUCAUGGCCCAUGUUCCUGCUGAGAACCUUGAGUGGCGCAGAGAUGGCCCCAGCUAGUGCUUUUAAGAAGGAGCCUCCAAUGCCGUCUCAGAACCACUUUAGCCCGGGCAUGAAACUGGAGGCCGUGGACAGGAAGAACCCAUACCUAAUCUGCCCCGCCACCAUUGGAGAGGUGAAGGGGGACGAGAUCUUUGUCAUGUUCGAUGGCUGGAGGGGGGCCUUUGACUACUGGUGCAAGUUCUAUUCCAGGGACAUCUUCCCUGUGGGCUGGUGCUCUCUUACCAAACAUAGCCUGCAGUCUCCUGGCAACAGCUUCACCAAGGCUCUCCCCCCUCCCCUGUUCCCGUCCACGGCGUCACGGCGGUCGUCCUCCAUGCAGUCCCCAUACCGCCUGCCGCACCCGCUGCCCCCCCUGCCCGUCAGGAAGGGGGUGCGGGGCCGGCGGCCCAAGAGCCAGACCAUCGCCAUGCUGAAGGCGGCCGCAGAGGCGGCUGCAGCGGCCGCGGCCGCCGGACAUAACGGCGGACCAGGGGUCAACACCGCCGACAUAAUGAGCCCCGCCUCCCAGCUCACGCCCAGGCCCCAUAAGAAGAGAGGGCCCAAACCGGGCAGCAAGAGGAAACCUCGAGUGAUUCCAUCUCUGGUCAGCACGAGCUUGACCAACCUGACCUCAGAGCACAGACUGUCUGCCAUGCAGACGCCAAAGGAUGGGCCCAACAACCCUGUCUCUACAGUUUGUGUGUAUGUGAACAAGCAUGGAAACUGUGGGCCUCACCUGGACCGAAAGCUGGUGCUGCAGCUGCCCGACCACUUCGGGCCGGGCCCGGUGAACAAGGUUCUGCAGUACUCGGUCCAGGCCUGCGUGGACUGUGCUUACCAGCCCAAGCUGCUUUACUCCUUCCUGCAGUCGCAAUCAGACGGCGGGGAGAUCAUCAGAGUGCGCUCUGACGGGGGCACCAGCUACGUGAAGCUGCCGUCUGCGUCCAGUGCGUCGUUCGUGCUGCGCUUCCUGGAGACGCUGUGUCACCACCUGCAGUGUGACAACCUCUUUAGCAGCCAGCCCUCCAGCCCCUUCACCACCUCCCCACCCUCACACUGCGCCUACGACAGGAAAACAGUGAAAGAGGAGACCCCGGAGACUCUGUCACUGACCAGGGGCCUGCGACGCUUCACCAGCGAGUCGGCGUCGUACUCAGACCCCCCGCCCUCCAAACUCCAACCCUCAGAAGAGACCCUUGCCAACGGUGAGAAUGGUGCCACUUCGGACCACCAGUCAGUCGAGUACGCCAUGGACACGACCCCCAAUGGCAUGACCCCCCGCCCUCAGGCGCUUCGGAACUCGUCCGAGUACCGGCCUCCGUCCAGCGGCGGCACAUCAUACUCGACCAGCGCUCCGCCCGUCCUGCGGCGCCUCUCCUCCAACACCCCCGCCGGCCGCCUGCACCGACAAGUGGAAGCAGCCAGUUCCACCACGGGCCCUGAACACCAGAAGGUGGAGCAGGAGGCUGCCGGCCGGUCCUCUGUCGGGAGCCCCUCAUCCUGGACCAUAGAGGAAGUGAUGCAGUUUGUUCGCGACGCCGACCCAUUGGCCCUGGGCCCGCAUGCCGAGCUCUUCAGAAAACAUGAGAUCGACGGCAGGGCCCUGCUGCUGCUGCGUAGUGACAUGAUCAUGAAGUACAUGGGCCUUAAACUGGGCCCUGCCCUUAAGCUGUGCCACCACAUUGAGAAACUCAAGCAGAGCAAGGCCUAGGAGUAGCCGGUGAGCACUCACACACACACUCUCUCUCUCUCUCUCUUUCUCUAGCUCUCUCUCACACACAUACACUCAAAAACUCACACACACACACACACACACAUAAACACGGUCUGUGGAGGAAACAUUGGCACCCUAGAAGCUCCAUAUUCACCAGCUGGGACUCUGUGACUGGCCAAGCUUCUCUUCUGAGGCUUGCGUGAGGACGAAUUUCCCUUCCGUCGACUGCAGACGCCACGUUACCUCAUCACCUCUCAAGCACACGGAUGCAGGACACAAGCAGGCAGCUGAAGCCCAAAGGACACUCUUACAUUCUCCAGUGUUUAUGCAUAUGACCUUCAGCUGGCUGCAUAAAAAGGAAUACUGUUUUAAUCACCAUUUGUUUGUUUUAGACAAAUGAUUGGUUUCCAACCUUACAAAAACAAAAAACAAAUGUGGAAAGUUUUCUCUGAUUCACAGGGUGCCCAAUUAAAUCAACAUGGUUUGUUUUCCUUGCUGUCGUCCAGCAUGCGUUUGCUAUUAGGUAUCUGAUGGUCCAUUCUGCCCCUAUUUGCAUGUCUAAAAGAUCCAUUGGAGUCCAAGGGGGAUAUGUGUACAAUGUUUCUAGUGUCUUUUUUGAUGAUAGCUUUCUGCUGCUUUUAAGACAAUGACUGGAAGCAUCUAUUCAAGAUCAAUGCAAAACCGUAGGUUGUAAAAUAAUAUGUGUAAAAAAAUCUCUUUGAUUAUAUCAACCAAAAAACGUGUUUUUGUGUAGACUGUAAAAAUGUUAUCCUGAAAGAUUCUGACUCAAGUUAAAGUAAAACAAAAAAAAAAGGGUAAAGAAUCAUUGUUUACCUGUAUGUGAUUAUUUCGUCUUCUGUCAUUGGCUUUGAUCACAAGUUCAGGUUUGCUCAAACAUCCACUAUGCUUAUCAGAAUGUGAACAGAAAUGCUUUCAAAAGCAGGGCAAAGAUCACUGUUGUCAGCAUCAGCUUUUCCUGAUAGUGUUUCCUAUAUCAGUGGUCAGCGUGCUCUGGCCAUUCAGACUUGGUCUACUUAAAAGCUCACUACUGUUACAUUGUAAAUGCUGUUAUUUAUAUGAUACAAUAUACAACUCAGGAUGUUCAUGUUUUGUAUGUUUGUCAUCUGACAGGCACUUGUUAAAUUAUCCUAUUUCUACAAGUCAUCUCAUUCCUUCAAGUCUAGUCUCUUUUAGACACUGUUGUGUUUGUCAGGAGGUGUGGAGAUGUUGCUCUCAUUAGAGGUGUAUUAUUGGCCCACCACAUCACCAGGGAUUUGGGGAUAACAAGGUACAGGUACUAUAUACCUUUAUCUUGACACAAUGCAUAUGCAACAUUAGACAAGGCUCCGUGCAAGUUAGAAUACUUUUCAAACCUCAGAUUAAUGUGAUAUGAAGGUGGAACAUCAAACACUGAUAUGCAUAACCAUUUCAUGGUCGGCGUUUGCAAGCUGUAGCACAAUUCCCCAAGAUGGCAAACUCCCAGCAGUUUGUCAUUUUUUGAAUUGCAUUUUAGUUAGACUACAUUAACGUAGGUAUUGCUUGGGGCAUGACUGUGGUCAUUGGGCAGGAUAUAGUGUUUGAGCCUUGGAAACCAAGUGCCCUCUAAAGUUGGUGCCCAAGAUCAAACCUGCUUUUGUGAACAACCAUCAAAACAGGCAGCUCAUGCAAUUAGACUACCUUCCAACAUAUGCCAUGGACUCAUUAGACUGCCUGUCAUGACAAUAAUUAACAUUGUUUAUGAACUCUAUUUAUUCAUAAUAUUAUUUUAUAUAAUUGUUGCUUUUUUACCUUUCUGUCAAAUCUUAUGUUGUCAAUCAUCUAUCAAAUGGAUAGGAAUGUUGAUUUUUAAUGAUUACAUUUUUACCAUUAUGUAACAUAUUUAAUGUUGAAGAUUUCUGGUUGGGAAGGAUUUAUUUCUUAUUGCAUAAUUUUUAUAUACAACAUUUGGUUACAAACGGAUUCUUGUUGAGACUGGUGACUUUAUUUUGAUACUCAGGUUUUGGUAAUUCAGAUUAUUUGAUACUUUUUAUAUGACUACACUCAUAAAAGGUGCACAGUGCAAGUUGAUUCAUUACACACAUUACACACAAUGUUUGCUCAUUUUACGAAAAUAAUUGUCCAUUUCUUCACCUAUUUUUAUAAAAUUGUCAAUGAAA